AGGACCUGCACAUCCCAAUACGAAGUGCUUCACUUCACCUCUAAGGACAACCGCCAUCUCCCGUCUCUAGUUCCCUUUUCUUUAUCUUUUUCCUUUUCUCGUCUCUUCCAGACACGAUCCUCUCCAAGACAGGCGCUUCUCCCUCUUUCAUCACCUGUCUUUGCCACGAUUCACUCUCGAUUUAUCUACGACGACCAAGCCCGCGAGACCAGAAUCCUCAGUCUCAGCUUCAUAUUCGUGGCAAUCUCUGUUACGCCGGACGUCCCCCUGCAGAGUUACGCGCCUCUGAUACGUAACUUGAUUCCCGCAACCGAUCUACACUUCCAGCUGCGUGCCUACAACACCAACUCGACACCUAGUCUCCUCGAUCUGUGAUCCAAGAUGUCUGCAGGUGCGCAACAACGUUUAAUGAGUGAGCUCAAGGCACUCGAGAAGGAGAAAUGGGUCAACAUCGAGGUCAAUGGCGGCAGCCUUUUCAAGUGGAAUAUCGGCCUGAUGGUCAUCAAUCCCGAGAGCGCCUUUGACGGUGGAUACUUCAAUGCCGAGAUGACAUUUACCGACAAAUAUCCGUUCAGCCCCCCUACCUUCAAAUUCCUACGUCCGAUCUACCACCCGAAUAUUUACCCAGAUGGGAAGCUGUGCAUCUCGAUUCUGCAUCCUCCCGGAGAGGACGAGCAGUCCGGAGAACUGGCUAGCGAGCGUUGGUCGCCUUUACAAGGGGUUGAAUCUGUUCUCCGCUCGAUCCUCCUGCUCCUUGAUGAUCCCGAGAUCUCGUCCCCUGCCAAUGUCGAUGCUGGAGUAAUGUAUCGUGAUAAUAGAGAAGAAUACAACCGGAAGGCUAAGGAGGCAGUGGAGGCUUCCAAAAAGGACAUUCCGGAGGGCUUCGUCAUACCAACGACUCUCGAAACUGCUCCUCCAGCGAAGGUGGUGGAUGAUGACGCCUUCUGGGCCGAGACUGAUGCCGAAGAUGACUUUGGUGCAAGCGAUAGUUCUGGAGAGGAUUUUGAGAUGGAUGAGGAUGAGGACGAGGACGAAGAUAGGGAGGGGCAUGGAGAUGAGGAAGAAGAGCUGGAGGAAUGAAGUGAGCUCUACGGCAUACACUAGAGACAUUCUGGUUUGACGGAGUCCAGGGGAGGCUGUUCAUUAUGGUCACCAGGUUAUUUUCUGUGAUCUCCGGCAUCAUUUCUUUUCGUAUCGUCCUGCAUAGCGUGGCGAUGGUCCAUCUGGAACUUUAAGCGGCGUAUGGAACAAGGCAGGCAUUUUCUUCAUCUACUGCAUAUUACACAGCAGAUCGCUUGUGUUUCGAGAUCUGGCGUACAGGGCUGGAUGCACAAUUCUCUGAUAGAUCAGCUAUUUAUGAGAGGAAGGAUUACAGACUAGGUUUUAUAAGGCUCUGGGGAGCCUAUAGCUGUGAUUAUGGCAAAUGAAUCACAUGAAUCACAGGAAUUGAAAUACUAGAAGAUAGCUUGCAGACGUGAAUUACAAGAAGCC